GCGGCGGUAAGAGUUUAGUCGUAAACACAGGAAAACGAGCGAGCGAGAGCGCAGAUGACUGGAGCGCACCAUGGCAACAAGUUUAGCCGAAAACUUCAGCUAUCAGCCUUGUAAAUGUCUAGAUAUUAGAUACACAACUCUCUUGUUGCUGGUGGCUUGUUUUGUAUCAGCAACAGUUGGAAAACAAAUUGUUCAAGAGGAUCAUUUAGGCGAACAUAACCAUGAACAUAACGCAAAUAUGCUCCUUGGCUCUGAGGACAAAGAUGAAAUACAGAAACUCAGCCCGUCUGAGCAGCGAAAGAGGCUGGUGGAGAUAGUGAAGAAGAUUGACACAGACUCUGAUAAAUACCUGACUCCAGAGGAAAUCACAUUGUGGAUACAGAGGGUGUACAGGACGUAUGCGCUGGAUGAUGCUGAGGAACGCUUCCCGGAGUUUGACUCCAACAGUGAUGGUCUGGUAUCUUGGGACGAAUACAAUAUGGUCUUGCACGGUCAUACUGUGGAAGUUGAUGUAGAUGCUGUUCUUGAAGACCCAGAAAAGGAGUCUAUCAGAUUUCUUCAUGCAAAAGAAAAAAGACGUUUUGACUUCGCCAAUAUGGAUGGCUCAGCUGGCCUGAACUUAACUGAGUUCCUUGCGUUUACACAUCCGUCUGAAGUGGACCACAUGGCGGAUUUUGCCAUUGAAGAUGUGCUUUCUGAAUAUGACUUGGAUAAAGACGGAUUCAUCAGCUUGAGUGAAUUCAUUGGAGAUCUCAGAGCGAAUGAGCAGGAAGAGCCCUCACAGUGGGAGGUUGAAGAAACGGUCCGGUUUAAAGAUCUCUAUGACCAGGAUAAGGACGGAAAGCUCGACAGGGAUGAACAGCUCCGCUGGGUCGCUCCUAACAGCUAUGGCUCGGCGCGAGAAGAAGCCAUUCAUCUUAUCAGGGAAAUGGACCAAGAUGGUGAUGGAAGGCUCUCAGAAGCAGAGAUUUUAAAAAACCAAGACACUUUUAUGAACAGUGAAGUGACUGACUACGGCAGACAGCUUCAUGUGCCGCACGAUGAACUGUAAUAGUUGGAACUUUUUAUAAAUAGUUCUUAUGGUGCCUCAAAGAAAGAGUGCUUGAGUUUUAAGUUAAUUUUUUUUUUUAGAUGGCGUAACUGGUACACUACACAGCCAUGCAUCUUGAUUUGCAAAUAUGAUAUGAUGAACUCAUAAUGAGUCCAAAAAUAGCAAUAAAAACUUUCCACCA